AAAGGAACACGGAGAAAACGAACCUCUCUUCUUCUCUUUCAACCUUUCUCUCUCUCUCUCUCUGUUCCACUGCCCCACUCCGCCACUGCUUAACCUGCGCCCCUAUGUCGCCGGCGGCCACUGUUGCUCCGUCGAUCAUACGGAUCUCGCGAUACAGGAGUACGGACUAGGAGGAGAGUUUUUGUGAGAAAUUUAAAAGCGCUCCUGUCCCUCGAACCGUCGUCAUUCAUUUCCCACGGAGAUGGGAAGCCAGGGGAAGCUCACGAGGAGCUCGUCGUCAUUUCUGAUCUCGUCGCCGACCGUUCGAUCGUCAAUCCACAGCCUCCACAGCCUGUCCUCGAUGGCGGAGGAGGACCUCACCACUCCGUUGAGACCGCCGGCGGAGGAGGACGACGACGACGAGGAGAAGAAGAAGAAGGGUGAUAAAGUGACGAGAGAAGACCCGCGGCGGAAGCCUCACCGGUGCGGGUCGAGCGCCGGUCCGCGGCGGACCGGGUCGAGCCGGUUCACGCCGGUUCUGACCAUGUUCUCCAUCGCCUUCUUCUCUUUCUUCUCCUUCUCGUUUUUCUUCUUCUUCUAUCUGAGGAGGGAGGAGAUAUCCACCUCCGAGAAUUUGCUUUUGGGAUUGGUUAUCAUCGCCGUGACGCUCUUCUUCGCCAGCAAGAACAAGAGCUUGAUUAACCAGAAUUUGACGUUGAUCAAGCAAAUUUGGGACGACAGUGGGAGGAGAUUCAGCCUGUUCAGUUCCAGAACCAAGGCCAAGCAGCAGGUGAAAUGGUUCAUCGGCGAGCCAGAUUCGGCGACCAGCGCCGUCAAGGAGAAGAGGAUUAUCAGAGAAGGUGUGGAGUUCUACAGCAAUGGCGAUUACUACGAGGGCGAAUUCCACAAGGGCAAGUGCACCGGGAGCGGGGUUUACAAUUUCUUCGUCAAUGGGAGAUACGAAGGGGAUUGGAUCGAUGGGAGAUACGACGGGCACGGAAUCGAGAGUUGGGCUAGAGGCAGUAGAUACAGAGGGCAGUACAGACAAGGUCUGAGGCACGGCUAUGGAGUUUACAGAUUCUUCACCGGCGAUUCUUAUGCUGGGGAGUGGUGUAACGGGCAGAGCCAUGGAGUUGGAGUUCAGACUUGCGCUGAUGGUAGCUGCUAUGUUGGUGAAUUCAAGUGUGGUGUUAAGCACGGCCUCGGCGUCUACCAUUUCAGGAAUGGAGAUCGGUACGGUGGAGAAUACUUUGGAGACAAGAUCCAUGGUUUCGGGGUUUACCAUUUCGCCAAUGGCCAUUGCUAUGAAGGGUCGUGGCAUGAAGGGAGGAAGCAAGGUUAUGGGAUGUACACUUUCAGGAAUGGUGAAAUGAGAUGUGGGGAAUGGGAUGGAGGGACCAUUAAGAUUCCCUUAUCUCCGCAAACUGAUGCAGUUCUUCGAGCCGUCCAGGCUGCUAGGAGAACAGCUGCGAAUGCAGUGAAAGUUCGAAGAGUGGACGAGCAAGUGAACCGCGCGGUCCAGACUGCAAAUAGGGCAGCUACAGCAGCUAGAGUGGCUGCUGUGAAAGCGGUUCAGAACAGGAUGGAUGGCAAAUUUUGUGAUACUAAUGUUUAAGUAGGUUAGCUAACUAGAGUCUUUUGUCUGCAAUGGAUUGAAGAAGAAGAAGAAGAAUGACAUCAAAAGGAAGAAGAAAAAUGUAAAGUCUGUAUUUUUUUUUUCCUUUUUGGGUUUCGGUUUUCUUACUCACUAAUUUGAUGUAAGCUAAGCUUGAAAACAUGUUGUGAAACACCCCGGUGAGCUGAAAAAAAAAAAGAAGGAAAAAGAAGCUCGCCGGAGGUUGAGAAAAGUGAGAGUUCCCCUCUUUCGAUCACCCAAAGUGUAAUCUGUACAUACCAACUAGCCGCCGUGUAUAUCAAGUCACUAAUUCAAGUGUAAGGAAUUUCGGAUUUCGGAGAUCUUUGCCAAUAUGAAUUUGUCAGCCAAAGCUUGGAAGAUAAGGAAACAGACCAGAUUGG